CAUCAACCAUUCCAUUCUAUUAUGUAUGUGCAGCAUUUGAAAAAAUAGGCGUACAUACAUUUCUGAGACCCAUUUUUACGUAGCUAAUGUAGCUAUUCAAAAUUUCAAAUCUAAACUGUUUAAAGUUUCUAACGCAAGACUCAAUUGGCUUAGAAAAAGUUUAUAAUUUUAUUAAAAGAAAUUGUAAUCCUGCUCUCUGCCCGACAGGAUGACUGACAGGACACUUGACACUUGCCAUGUUUUUUUGGAAAGUGCCGGGUAGUAAAACUUUUAUUUUGAAAAGAUUUGCCCCACCAUUUUUUAAUUUUGUUGUCUCUAUUUUGUACACAGCUUGACUUAAGAGAACUAAAAACAUAUUUAGGAACAAACUAUAAAAGCUUAGUGGGAUUACAAUCCCUAGAUUAUACUCUAAUGUACUCAUAUAUUUUUAACAUUCGAAGUAAUACUUCUCAUUGCCGAUUUAUAUUACGAAUAUAGUUUUUGUUAAAGUAUCUUAAAAAUGUCAGAAGAAUUAAUAGAAUUAAAGUCCGUGUUACGGUCGUUGGUUGUAUCCAGUCCGACCCAGAUGGACUUGAAGACGCUACUGCGUGACUACAGAAAUAUGGUUGGUGCUCACCUGCCACUCGCUAAGUAUGGAUAUAAAAACGCUCUAGAUUUCCUAAAAGAGCGAUUCAGUGACUGUUUUGUGAUUACCGGUCCACCUUCAAACCCAGUGCUUACAUUGAUAGUGCCAGAUGCUUUAAAACAUAUAGACAAAUUCGUCCAAAAGCAAAAAGUAACUUCCACAUCAAAAUGUAAGUCGAAAAGACGAAGUAUACCAGAAUCUGUAGCACACCCACCCAAUCAAGACUUUAUUAUAAGAAAAAUGAAGCCUGUGCCACCAAUUCCUGAGCAGAUACCUGUGGCACCUUCUGCUGAACUGAAACCUUCAGUGGUGUAUGAACAACCAAUCAAGCCACAAAACAAAGCUCCAGAUGUUAUAAUAUAUAAUAAUAAAGAGAAUAUGAGUGACUAUCAGAAUCCUGCCGUGACCAGAGAUGACGUGAAGAACUUCUUACGAAAGAGGUUGCCUUUUUACAAUAGUACCCAUACAUUUGAAGAAACUCAAUCUCAAGAUGAUGAUUCAGGGAGACAAACAUCAUCCAGUACCAGCAGUGCUAAAGCUUUACAGUUUGAGGAGCUCAAAACUGAGAUAGUGGAGUUGGUCACUGCAGCCCCCAAUGGUGUCUGGUGCACAGAUCUCAUCAAGUCAUACAGGGACCGCUACAAGCGCGAGCUGAACUUCUUGCGGUUCGGGUACACGUCGGUGAGCGGGCUGGCGGCGGCGCUGGAGCAGCGGCUGCACAUCGCGCAGCCCGCGCACUGCGACGACUGGCUGCUGCUGGCGCCGGGCCGCGCGCCCGCCGCGCCC